UGGCACAACACUAUCCCCACUGACUGCUAUGAUUUUCAAACAACGUCAGAAAGAUAAACUUGUCAGUUGAAAGUAAUCGGUGUUUGUGUUUUGAAACGUUAUUUUAAUAUAAAAGUGUGUUAAUUAUGUCUUCAUCAGAUUCGGAAGACGAUUGUUACGGAAAUAUUGCGCAAAAGUUGCAAAAGAUAAAGAAUAAAUUCGAAGAAAAAGAUGAAAAAGAGGACGAAAUUGUUUUGGUUGACACUUGGGAAGUCGAAAACACGGCAACAAAAUCCAAUAUUGAGGAUAAUUCUUCUCUAAAUUUGACUGUAACUAGUACUGAUAAUGAAGAAUAUACUUUAGACCGAUCAUACUCGGAAACUAGGUCAUCGUAUAAGAGGAAAGUAAAUACACCUAAUACUAGUGUAAUAGAAGUGGAGGACAGCCCUCUGCCGGCACCGAGAGGCCGCGGUACAGGCGCUAGAGCGCGAGGCAGAGGCGCCAGGGGGGGGCCAAGUGGAAGAGCCUCUGCUAGAGGGAGAGGGCGUCCUCCUAGAGCUUCCCCGAGAGGCAGGACCUCAAGCAGAAGAAGUAGAGGAAUCAACAGCUCCCAACAGAUCAUCAAUGUUGGCAACACAUAUGAAUACCCCGAUGAAUGUGAAGAAAUAGAGCUAUUCUCUGGCAAUAACGAUAUCACUAUAGUUGAUGAACAAGACCCCUUAGAAGAUGAUAACGAAGAAAUGUCAGUGAAAGUCUAUUGGCAGAGUUUAGAUGUUGUCAAAUUUCAAAUAAGAAAGUAUCAGAAAUUCACACAAAUAUUCCAAUAUUUUGGAAAAGAAGGGGUUAGUCACAACAAACUGUUGUUCAUGUACAAUGAUAAGAUUUUAAAGAUUGAUGACUCACCAGAAUCUAUAGAUUACAGUAUCGCUAAGUUUAUAGAUGGUGGUAUUGUUAAUAGGAAUGUCACAGAACUCGUGAAAGACAAAAAGAGCACACAUUCUAUAGGUAACGGAUUAAGGGUUAAAUUCCAAUGUCAGAAUACCAAGAAACCAUUUGAAACCUCAAUACCGCCAAACGAGAAUUUACUAAGAGCCAUGAGUAAAUGUGCAGAGCAUUUGGAGGUUCCCUUACAGAGACUAAAAUUUUAUUUUGAUGGAGAUUUGUUGACAAGUAAAAGCACACCUCAGGAACUAGGUUUGGAAGAUGGCGAAUGUAUAGAUGUUAAAAUAGGUAGCUGAUAUUAAAUUAUUUAAACAAA